AUGGGUUCCCAAUUUGCUAACAGUCAGAAUGUUUCCGGCCGGGCGCGGCGCAAGAAGAGGUCGGGCGGCAGCGCCGCAGAGGCGGCACCUGCACCCCCAGAGCCAGCAGCUCCAUCGGGGACUGCAACACCUGAUGAAGAACCAGUUCCAGUUUUAUCUGCAGCGCAAUCUGCACUUCCAGAUGCAUCAGCAGUACCAAGCGAAGCAGCUGCAUGCUCCAAGAAGCAUGUAGGAGGCUGCAGGUCAGCCUCCAGAAUGUCAGUUUCAGGAGCUUCGCAUGCCCCGAGGCCAGAGGAAGCAGUCGGGUCUGAGGCGAGCUUCCUCGGUGGCUUAGCUAUCAAGAAUGGCCGCUCUAGGAGGGUACGCUGGGAAGAAAACACUUCGUUGUUGCCUUUGGUGCCAACACCACUGGCUUGCCGGCUGUUGCAGAAGCUGUUGUGGGCUUACAACUCGCGGAGGUGGGGUGUGAGGCCCCCUGUGUUGCUGCACGGCUUGCCAGGCAGUGGCAAGAGUUCAUAUAUCCGUUGGCUAGCGCAAACUGUGGGCGUACCUCGACCACCUGUCAGUGUCUUCCUGGACCAGCAAACCGAAGCUAAAGACCUCGUCGGCUCGUGGGUCUGUGGGCGGCGCGCGGGAGAGUUUGAGUGGCAGGAGGGAAUCCUUGCCCGUUGCGUGCGAGAGGGAAGGUGGAUAGUGAUAGAGCAGUUGCAACAGCUGGCACAGGACGUACAUGCUCUGCUGCACGGCCUUACAACAACCGGCCGUCUCACAGUUCACGAGCAACAGCAACAGCUCCGUGUGCAUCCAGACUUUGCCCUCUUUGCUACACUAGCAACACAGCCGCGUAUUGCCCACAGCAACAGAGGCCAGAGAUCAGCAGCAGCAGAGGGGACAGCAGAGGACUCGACAGUGGGUAUGCAACAGGACGAGUGUCUUGAUGUGGCUUUGACGGCCCCACCACCUCCUUUGUCUCCGUUGUUAGAGUCCUGGGUGUUGCUGCACGUGCCCCCUCCCUCAGUAGCAGAUAUUCACCAAAUUGCUGUCCAUUCGUUUCCAGCUGUUGCACCUAUUGCUUCCAGGCUCCAGAAGGCCUUCCAUGCUGCAGCAACAAGUGCAGCAGAAGGCCUCUCUAGGCCGGGCCUGCCGCUGCCGAAAGCGGCCCGCCUGCCUCAGCUAAGGGACUUUGUAAAGCUCUGUAGAAGGUUGCAGACGCUUGCUGCUGCCAGCGGCAGCAGUAGCACAAGUAUAUUCGAGGGGUUCCUCACCGAGCGGCUGAGAGUACGUGUUGUAGAAGAGGCAGCAGCAGUUUUGUUGAGUCACCUAAGUGACAGGGCGUUGCGGCUUCGUGCUGCUGUGGCGUUUGCUGCUGUGUGGGAUGUGCAUGAAGAGCAAGUGAAGGCGCUACUGUUCAGUCAGAAACCAGCGCUUCAAGAGACGGCGGAGACAUUUCAAGUGGGGCCAUAUUGCCUCCCCAAAUUGCAUAUUCCCGAGAAGCCGCCCAGCAGAAACACCGCAGGGGACGACGGUCUGCUCUCGUUGGGAGUAGACGCAGUGGCCGGAUCACCAACACCAGCAGCUGGUGCUGUUGGUGCUGCUGAGGAUUUGGGGGAGUCAGUGGCGGGACAGGAGCUGCUGACGGGACAGCAGCUAAGAUUGGUGCAGCAGGCAGGGGGGGCAUUGUAUGCGGAGGAGCCCCUGCUUUUUGUGGGAGAUACCGGGGCGGGAAAGACAUUUAUAGUAUCUUAUCUGGCGGAGCGACUGGGGAAGGAGCUGAUUGUCGUGAAUCUACACCGUCAAAGCGAAGGUGAAGACCUCAUUGGCCGCUGGAUCCCGAGACACCCACCUCACGAGGUGGCUCACUUGUGGCGUCAGCUGCUGCAAAAUGCCUCUCUCAUGCUGGGAACUCCGCCUGGAGAGGACACCGCCGACGCUCAGCGCGGUGACAGCGACACCGAGACCCCUAAAGUUAAUAAACGCAAGCAGCAUCAAACGGAGCAGGAGACAGACUGCAGCCGUAUAGAUUCCAUGAGGCAGAUGAUGAGGCAGGUGCGGCGCGUUGGCUCGCGUUUGCUCCAGAGAGAGGCGUAUGUCGCCCUGCUUAGACUUGCAGCAGCAGCGAAUAAUGCUCUGCUGCAGCUCCUGAGACAGUGUGGCAACAUACUGCCAGUGGUCAGCCCCACCCCGCAGCAACAGCAGCAAGAGCAAGAACUACGACAACGCGGGACAGUAGGAGAGUUGUUAGCACGAUGCACGGAGUUGGAGACCUCUCUUACUGCCCUCUUACAAGACCCUGCACUCAGUGACUGCAGUGCCUCGACACCGCGGAAGUUCGAAUCCAUUGUUGACGCCUGUGGCUUGCGAGAAUUCUUGCCUGUGGCUGAAACAGCGCCAGAGGCAACCACAAAAGCUGCAGCAGCAGGAGGUGCUGCAGCUUCUGGGCUUACGCGGCGGAGUCAGUUGCACUUUGUGUUCACCGAGGGACCCCUGGUCGAGGCUGUAAGGACGGGGAAGUGGCUGCUGCUUGAUGAAAUAAACUUGGCGCCUCCUGAUCUGCUUCAGCGGCUUCUGGGGCUGCUGGAGGAGCCUCAGGAACCGCUGCUACUGCUUGAGGGGGGCAAGCCCCGUCAUGUUUACAGACACCCGGAUUUUCGCGUCUUUGCAUGCAUGAACCCUCCGAUCCUCGCGCCACCGCUGAGACUGGCGGAGCAUAAACUGUCGUUUGAGGACGAAGAGGAGUUGGACAACACAGACGAAACACUGCAGCAGCAGGAGCAGGGGCAGCGAGCGAAAGACGUGUCCCCCGAUAUGUCUGCGGGUGUGGGGAAGCGGGAGCUCCCUGCGGAAGUCCGGCAACGUUUCACAGAACUGUAUGUUGAUGAGACAGAAGACCUCGAGGAUAUCAUUACAGUUGUAGAUGCCCACUUGAGGCCAUUGAGUGCGGAUCCUCCUUCUAGACUGGUGGCUGAGGUGUACAUUCACCUCAAGUGCCUUGCGGAAGCGGGUCAGCUCCUAGACGGAAACAACAAGACCCCAUGUUAUUCCCUGCGGACGUUGUCCCGCUCCUUAUUGCAUGCAGCAGCUGUGGUCCGGCGGCCUACGCGACCUCUGCAGCUCCGCCCUGCCUUGAAAGACGGUUUUCUCGCCUUGUUCAGUUCCUCACUUAGCCCUCUCAGCGCAGCUAGAGUUGAGAGGGUAUUAGCAAAAGCAUUUAAACCUGUCUUGCCUGGGGAAGGAGUGUCACGCUCUCUUGCCAAGUCACCUUCAGAUACUCGCCCUGGCCAGCAGCAGCAGCAACAACUGCAGCUACAAGUGCUGCCUGCAGCACCAGGCGAAGAUGCCCACGUGGCAAUAGAGGGGUUUAUCAUCCGAAAAGGGGGUGAGCCAAUCGACGUGGAGGCAUUGAAGAGGAGGUUUGUGUUGACGCCGAAUUCCGAGGUGUACGUUCGCCGUUUGCUGCGGUUGCUGAGUGGCAGCCGGUGCGCUUUGCUGCUGGAGGGCCCGACGUCGUGCGGCAAGACAUCAAUGGUUUCGUUUUUGGCCGCCGCAACAGGACACAAAUGCAUUCGAAUCAACAACCAUGAGAACACUGACAUUCAAGACUAUGUGGGUAGUUACGCGCCGGAUGCGGAGGGCCGUCUUGUUUUUGCUGAGGGGCCUUUAACCCUUGCAGUCCGCCACGGCUGGUGGGUCCUGAUAGAUGAGCUCAACCUCGCCCCAUCCGAUGUCCUAGAAGCGCUCAAUCGUUUGCUGGACAGCAACCGCGAGCUGAUAUUGCCUGCGACGGGGGAGGUGGUGAGAGCUCAUAAGGAUUUCCAGUUGUUCGGGACGCAAAACCCUGCAGGCAUUGGGGUGUAUGGAGGCCGUAAGGUACUCAGCAGGGCACUAGCAAACCGCUUCCUGCAGCUGCAAGUGACUCAGUUUGCAACGGAAGAUCUCAGGCAAAUCCUCCUUACGCGCUGCAGCCUGCCCCUUUCUAGAGUUGAGCCCAUGCUUCGGGUGUACACGGACCUACAGCAACGCCGCGCCAACAGCUCUGUCUUCUUUGGUGCGCAUGGCUUCAUGACAAUCCGCGACCUCAUCAGGUGGGGCCGCAGGGUUGGCAACUCCCCGUUUCAGCACAUGCAGCCGCAGCAGCAAAAGCAGCAGCAGACGCAACAAGAGCAGGUGCAGGAAUAUGCGCCGAUGUCUUUUGAGGAAGUGGCCUUAGAGGGUUGGCUGCUGGUGGGGGAGAGGCUUCGUACGGAGGAGGAUCGGACAGUUGUCCGUUCGUCCUUAGAGCGUCACUGUUUGGGGUCAACUGCAGGAAAGCCUAAGCACCUGCAGGUCGAUUUUGCUGCGGACCCCUAUAUAGUGGCAUUUCGGGGAUUGCUUCACAGAAAGGUUGAGCGUUGCUUGCAGCAGCAGCAAGUUGCAAGAGACGCAGCAGCAGCAGCAGCUGCAGCCGCCGCACGAGCAGCUGCUCUCAGCGAAGCCCCGGAGGAUGCGCAGAGGGAGGCCGAGGCAACAGCGGCGGCGGCAGCAGCAGCAGCAGCAGCGGCUGCUGCUGCUGCACCUGAGCUCCCAGCCUUCCUUCCAUUCUCCUUCAAUAGUGCCUCUCUCAGGCUUUUAGCCUUGACAUUGCGGGCAUUAGUGGCAGGGGAAAACCUUCUGCUUGUUGGGGAUACGGGUGCAGGCAAGACUGCCGUAUGCGAGUUGGUUGCGUGGACGCUGCAGCAGCAGGAGGAGCUACAGGGGGAAGAGGGCCUUACAGCGCUGGAAAGCGGCCUAUUACGGCGCCUAUCUCCUAACGGAAUGUAUGUGUACAAUUGCCACUUGCAGAUGGAGGCCUCUGAGCUCCUCGGCAGUAUGAGCCCUGUACAUCAAGGGGAGCUGCUUCAGCAGCAGGAGACCGCUGCUGCGCUCCAGCAGCAGAUUAUGCAGAUGCUCGAGCACCCACCUCCUCCAGAGGAAUUGCUGCCGAAUUACCGGCAGCUGAGGGAGUCUUCUGCAGCAGCAGCAGCGACAGCAAAAAGACCACCUCCGACAGCCGCAGCAAAGGAAGACGGGGGUGAGGAGGACGCCAUGAGUGCCAGUUGCUUGCUCUUGCGGUUUUAUGAGCUGUUACAGGCAGCAGCAGCAGACGUUGUUAUUUGUCUCCGAGCGCACAGGGACAGGGGAGGGUUAGAGAUGGCCGACGAGGACACCAACCUAUUUUGCAGAGCCAUUAGCAAGGCAGCUAGACAAGCGCAGCAGCAGCUCCAGCAGGAGACAGAUGCAGCUACAGCAGCAGCCGCACAAAAGGAGGCCCACCUCAACCAACAGGUUGAAGCAGUGAGGCGAAUACUGCAGCGCGAACAGAGCAAACACCAACAGCUCCUCCUGCAGCUGCAACGGCAUGGCAAGGAAGAGGAGGAGAAGCAGGGACGGUCGUGGGAGCCUGAUGUGCUUCAAAAUGGUGACCGGGAGGCAGCAAGGCUCGUUGGUGCUGAUUUCGGUGCAGGUGUGGGGCGGCAAUGCCACAAACAGAAGCAGCGGGAGCAACAAGAGCAGCAGCCUCAACGGCAGUUUCAGCAGCAGGAGGGCAGUUCGGGACGGAAGAAACGGCGAAAGGGAACCCGCAACAGGGCAGAAAGGGAGACAGCAGAUGCUACAUUUGCCCAGGGAACUGAUGCUGCAGCAAAGAAGAGACCCAGGACUGCAUCCGUCAACCCAGACGCAGUAGGUGCAGCCACACCAAGUCUUCGGCAGGAUGGAGAGGAUAAAGCAUCCGCACCACAUGCUGCUGGAACCAAGGAAUGUGGUGACGAAACAAAAGACGCAAAAGGGGACACAGCAGAGGCAACAACGGAUGAUCUUGCGACUGCGGUGGCUGCCGCUGCAGCCGCUGUAUCGUCUGCUGAGGACGUUGUGGCUUCGAGUGUAUCAGAACAUGCUACUGCUUCUACUCUUGCUGUUGCACUGCGUGAUGCAACCAACCGUGCAGCAGCCUUUGUAAAGGUCUAUAUGGACAAGCUGUCACAGCGCUGCACUGCUUGGCGAGAGGCAUGCAAGAGGACACACAGUCUCUUUUGCUGGAGAGACGGUCCACUGGUUAAGGCGAUGAAGACGGGAGCUGUCUUUUUGCUGGACGAGGCCUCUUUGGGUCAAGAUGCUGUAUUAGAGCGUCUUAAUUCGCUUCUAGAAGACGGGAGGCAUAUCCUCCUCACUGAACAAGGUGCAGCAUCAGGAGCGAUCGCCGCUGCUGCUGCGGAUGGCAGCGCCACCGCCACCACCGCAGCAGCAGCAGCAAAAGGGGCAGCUACUGCAGCGACAGCAGGUGUGGAGGUCUACGCAGCACCAGGCUUUCGUUUCAUUGCCACGAUGAAUCCUGGUGGAGACUACGGCAAACGUGAGCUUUCACCAGCGCUAAGAAACAGACUAACUGAGGUGUUUGUACCGGCAUUUAGCUUCGAAGCCCCAGACGCCGUGCUGCUGCUACUGCAACGGCUGGAGCACACCUGUCUUCGCGGACUGCAGCUGCCACACGCAGUAGAGACGCUCGAUGUAGAGGAUGCGCAGUCGGAGAACAACGCGCUGAUGAAGCACGAGCUGCAGCAGCUGCAGCAGUUGCAGGAACAGCAGCCAGACGGAUCGCAGCACGACCUGCCCCUCAGCUGUCUUGCCAUUCGACUGGUGCUGCUGCUUAGGUGGGUGCGGCAGCACAUUAAGCAGCCGCUUUCUAUCCGAGACGCCUUGUGCUGGAUUUGUUUUAUUCACCGUUUUGUGGCUUCACAGCUGGAUGCAAGCCCACCCCCCAAAGCAGCAGAAACAGCAGCAGCAAAAGCUCGGUGGGCUGUGCAGGGCUUGAUGCAUGGCGGCUGUUUGCUGCUCCUGGAUGGUCUUGGUGUGGGAGCGGAGAUGCAACUUCCACAGGAGCAGUUGCACUCUCUCGCACAAGGUUACCUAGAGGCCGAAGAAACUCUUGUCAAGCUUACAGCACUGCAUGCUCCCCAACGGAAUGCGCAAGAGGAACUUAAAAAGCGGCUGGAGCGGCUGCAGCAGAAUCUGCAGCAGCAGGUUGCAGAGGCAGCUUCGCAUCCAGCGCGACGGCCGCAUAUGGGGAUUUUGCUGCUCCUCAAGACACACGCAUGCGCUCUGUACCGAGACUUAGGCUUGUACAGAAACCCUGGCCACGCGAAACAACAGUCGGGGCAGCAGCAACAGGCCGCAGGCCCCUGCUGGAUUGAGACAUGCGCUGGCUUUGAGGAGGACGGCUUUGCUUGGGUGUCUGCGGCCUUUGGUGGUAAGGACAUCGUUGGGAGAGUCAACUUGGAAGAGAAACUGCAGGUGGGACCUUUCAGCCUGGCUGCAUUCAGGCAGACAUCCGGUAGUAAGCUUGAAAGUACAAACGUGCAGCAGCAGCAGCAGCUCGAGCCGCAGCAGCUGCUGCAGAGAAGGGGGCAGGGGCCAGUGAAUGAGGUGGGAGACGAGCUUCCGCAGGUCAUCCAGUCACCGUCAGUGCGGAGGUCUUUGGGUAGGCUGCUGCGUUGUUUGCUGCUACUCCAACAGCAGCCGCACCAGCCUGGGAGAGCUCUGGGGAGCAACUCAGGAAGGCAUGCGGUGCUCCUCGAGGGGCCGCCUGGGGCUGGAAAGACUUUCGUUGUGGGACUCCUAGCUAGAUUAUGCGGGCGACAGCUGGUGCGCAUCAAUCUCAGCCAAGACACAGAGUUGGCUGAUCUGCUGGGGGCUGUUGUACCUGCAACAGAUCUCGAAGGCGACGACAAUGACGCAUCCGCCUCCUGUAACACUGGCGUGCAGGUGCAGCAGCCAGAAGCAGCCACAGCCGGACCUCGGGGAGACGCACAGCCACCCACUGUGGAAACAAAGAGACCUCCUUUCGUGUGGACGGACGGGAUUUUGACACGCAGUUUGAGGGCGGGACAUUGGGUGUUGCUGGACGAGCUAAAUUUAGCGCCGCAGCAAACUCUCGAGGGUCUCAAUCCUCUUUUAGACCACCGCCGCUGCGUAUAUCUCCCCACCCUUGAAGAUCCUGCCGCGAGCAAGACAGAUACACGUAACGGCAAGCCCCUGUCCUCAUCAGCGUCACCAGGAAAGAAGGAUGCAGCAGUGUACGCGCCGCCCGGCUUUGUCCUCUUCGCGACGCAGAACCCCCACGCCACAACAGCAGCAGCUGCUACCGUUGGCGGUGUUUCAGGCCACGGCGGAGACGACGAUGGGGGGCUCACAGAUGCCGGAUUAGAAGCCCUUUUGCAUCGAGUAGGGCUUCCUGCUGAUCUGAAUGCGACGCGUCUUGCAUACGGCUCUGCCUCGAAAGUGAAGGGCGACAGUUGCGAUAGCCCCGCCAGCAGCAAAGCUGUCGAGGGGCGGAAAGGCUUGCCGCAGUCCCUUUUGAACAGAUUCUGCAGGGUCCGUGUCGAUGAGAUGCUUGAAGCAGACAUGGUUGCAAUUGCACACAAACUGCUAACCUGCCUCGAGCAGCGGCGGGAGCAGCAGCUGGUGCGGCAGGAGCAGCAGGAGCAGCAGGAGCAACAAGCAGGCGAAGGGGGGACUGCGGCAUUGGAGGGUUCUAUUCAGGUAAAAUCGCAGAUAGGAUCCCAGCAGAGAGAGCAGCAGCAGCUUUUGUUGAGUGCAUGCGUUGUACGCUGCGUGCGACUGCUGGGGAAAUUGGGGAUAGAGAGACCGUUUAAAGGUCUUACGGACUCCGUCUACAACCUGAGGGAUGCAAUGCGGAUUAUUCGACUAUACGCACAGAGGUUGCCUAUUAGCGACCCACGGGGGGCUGUCACCGUGGCCCUUUUGUCACGUCUGCGAAGCACAGAAGACCUGAGGGCAGCAGCUCACUUAGCUUCUCUCUGUUUUCCUCCGAAUCUAUAUCAGAUGCAGCAGCAGCAGGCGCAUGAUAUACAGCAAAACAGCCAACAGGAGGACCACGAGACAGUGGAACUUGUCUUUCGUGAGCUACUGCACCCCGGGGUGGCGCCUGCCGCUGUGUUGCAUGCAGUGCAACCACAGACGCUGCUGUCGUCGAUGAGGUUUGCCGAUACAUUGGAGGGGAGACAGCCCCUGGACCUAAUUGUGACGGACACGCAUGUCUCCUUUGGAGACAUGACGCUGGCCCUUCAGGAAGAAGCGCCAGUAAAAGUGAGGGAGCAGGACGAGCGAAUCCAGGCAGCACAACAGGAGGAGCAGUACGGGAAGCUCUGUGGGUUGCUUUUGCAUUCCCAGAGACUUUGCGUUUCUGCUGUUGCUGCUGCUCUAGCAGCAGGCUUCCCUGUGUUGCUGACUGGCGAGAGAGGCGCAGGAAAGAGCAGCAUUGUGAGGUGGUUGGCGGCUGCAUGCGGCGCGACCGUGUGCGAGGUGCAGCUGGGACCUUCCGUAGACACUUCAGACCUGCUCGGCGUCUACAGACAAAUCCAGCCCAGACAGAGGAUUCUGCAGGCAGCGGCUGCAGCCCAGCAAGUCGCAGACUGUCUACUGGAGCAGCACGUACCACAAUACCAGCACCAACCUCAUCUGGAGUACGAGCUGAAGCGCCUGAAAGGCUUGCAAGCUGCUGUUGGAACAGCUCGCCAACAGUUGGUAGAGGCUGCGGACUUGGGCGCUACCUCUGCUCCAGGUAACGUGAAGGAUGUGGAGCCUGAGUUGCAGGUGAGGAUGCUACUGCAGCAUCUUGCUGCAACAACGGCCACAUUGCUUGAGGGCUGCGAAGCGGCUGCUACCUCUUGGCGUGCUUCCCUUAGUGGCAACGAAGCGGCAGCGGGAGAGGCGGUGCGCUCUGUGCUGCAGCACCGCAGCCAGAGAGCUGCACGGUUGCUGCAGCAAGGAUGCAUCUUGGGAGGCCUGCAGCCCGUCGGGAGUGCUGCAAUACGAGCAGCAGGGGCCGAACAGGACGCCGCACGUUUUGAGUGGGCAGACAGUGCACUUGUAGAUGCCGUGAAACGUGGGCAUUGGUUGCUGCUGCGCAGUGCACAUCUAUGCAGCGCCUCUGUUCUAGACAGGCUCAAUGCGUUGUUAGAAGAAGGCGGGUGCUUGCAUUUAACCGAAGGGGGGGCCCCGAGGAAGGUGAAACGACACCCCAACUUCCGGAUCCUCUUCACAGCUGAGGCCGGGGGCUCCAGCAGGCUCUCGGCAGCUCUACGGAACCGAUGCUGCGAGGUGUAUGUACGCCCGCCAGGCACAGCUGCAGCGACAGGACUAGCAGCAGAAACAUCCAUAGGAUGUGUACCACAAGCAGCGUCUACCCGCACGACAGACGGAUGCUCUCUAGACGUAAAGGCAAACCCCAGACCGACGACAACGGCAUCAACAGCAGUAUCACAGCAGCCGUUAUUGCUGGAAGGUUUGACGGAGAGGCUGUUACGAACACUGGCGGCUCUCCUGAGGGACGUUGGGGUCUCUGCUGUUGCGGACACUGAAGGAGACACUGCACUGCGCCCGCUGCUGUCCCGCUGGUUUUCGUCCUUACUGACGGCAGAAGCAGAACUACAGGGAAAGCUACAGGGAGAUAAGACAGAGCCUAGUGUAGCAGCAGCAGCAAGGAGUACGCUUCGCAUCAUAGGGGUUUUCAUCAGCUUCUGUUGCAGCAAGGCUCACUGCAGCAGCAGCAGCAGCAGACGCUUCGCACGGCUUUGUCCCCUUUUGCUGCAAGAUAGCUACCGCUUGCUACUGGAGGGAGACAGGGAUCUUGCGCUGGCAGCAGCAGAAGUCAUGUCUUUGCAACACGCAGCAGUGCAGCUGUUGCUGCAGUUGCUUGGGGACGAGUCUGCGUUAUGUCAGUUUGCGCAUGCAGUUCAGUCGUCUCUUUCCGAUGUGGGCGAGCAGCAGUAUGUGCAGAAGCAAGCACAGCAGCACCAAAAGGAAGAAACGCAGCAAGACGGCAGCCUGGACUUAGUUGUUGCAGGACUCCGAGAAGUCCAAGCUGACAUGGGGAAAGAAGCGGUUUUUUCUGGCCUUACGGGCCUGCAGGCGAUAGCACACAGAGUGGCUGGAAGGGGCAGCAAAGAACUAGCUGCAGCAGCGGCAGCAAGCUGGAGGUGCCUACAAGGUUGGGGCAGCGCAUAUGCAGCUGCUCGAUAUGUGGCUGGUUCAAACAAGGAAAGUUCAUCAGUAGCUACAAGAGGAACACCACAACAAGAGAGUGCGACAACACCGAUAGCCGGUGGGGAUCGAGAUAGCAGUGUAUGCGUGGAAACACUCUUUCAGUGCUUUUUGUGGCAAUACACCGCAGCACUCGACUCAUCAGCCAUAUGGCGCAUGCUGUUGCUGCAGCUGUUGGCAGCCAGCUUCUGUUGCUCUUCUGCCUCCAAAUUGCGGGAGGGGAGUAGCAGUUUUGAAGGCAGCGGUGACCACUUGCACCAAGAGGCCGAUUGGGCUAUCCUUCGUGGGGCAGUCGAAAGGCACGUAGUGCUGCACGGGGAACACAGCAGCAGCAGUAGCAGACGCGAGGGGCUGAUGGCUAGAUCCGUUGCGUGUGAGACCUCAUUUCUAGGAAGCGUUAUUACUGCUUGUGUUGAAGGCGCGGGUACACCGCUGCCGUUGCUCGCUGGAGCAGUGCGCCUGUUUAUGUGGAGUGCAGCAGAUGGAAUGGACUUUUUUGCUCGCCUUAGAGUGCUGCAGCAACUGCAGAAAGAAUCCAUGCGACAGAAUCAGCUCCUGCAUCAGCGGCAUGGGGAACCAGCGGUGUACUAUCUUGCUGCCGCAUGUAAUGCCCUACAGGAGACCGGCCAGGGGCCUUUUCUUCUGUCUCCCGGUGCAGCAGCAGCAGCAGCAGCACAUGCUCAGGGUGCACCACCUAACGACCUGACCCUCCUCUACGCAGCAGCUCGCCUAUUACGGACAUCCUCCCCCCUGUGGGUGCGAGGCGUAAGCUUGGAGAGUAGGCGCUCGCCUUCACCGGAGCAGCAGCAGCGGGAGAUGCACAAGUUGCUACUGUUGCGCGAGCUAGUCCAUUUGCGUCGAGUAGAAUGCGCAGCCAUAUUGAUGCCUCAGCGGUUGCUGCUGCUGGAGAAGCAGAAUAGCAGUAGAGCACUUUCCAGGAAAUGCCCGUGCUGCAACCUCGAGAGCCGGGAGUUCUGGUGUCUCGUGUUUGCAUGCGCGUGGCACGGCAACAGGCAGCGGCGAGAGCAGGAGGAUCUGCUCCAGCAGGAGUUGAUGCAGCAGAAGCUGAUACAGCAACGGAGUGGAGAGAGAGAGACUUCGGUUGGGGAGAUGAUGCAGCGCCUAUAUCAAGGCCUCUGCCAUCUAUCCACCUCUGCUGCGCUUGCAGCUGACGGCACCCUCCGCAUGCUCGUGCAGGAAGCAGAUGGGCUGUUUCCUUCUGCUGCUGAGAGCUUGGCUGGAGGCCUUACUCAGCAGUGCAGGCACCUGGCCCGUUGCUUCAGUGCGUGGGCUGAUUUGCUGCAGAUGCUCGCGCUUCCUGUAUGUUGUAUAUGCGGUAACGUCGUCUCAGAAGACAAGGAAAAUAGCAGCAGGAGAGACAACAAACAUCAGCAGCCCCUCGGACUUCAAGAGAGAAUGCGGAUAGCCUUGGAGUGGCAUGGAGGUGAACUAGAAUUGUUGUUAAAAGUAUUUGUUGAGAGCCUCCAGGACUUUGCUGCAGCAGUAGGCACAUCUGAUUCAGCAAUCAGCGACUUGAAUCGCUCCGCGGACUUGCAUGUGGAAUCAGCUUUCGCACCCAUGGCACCGGCACCAGAGUUUGUCGCUGCUGAGCUCCUACCGCCACUUGAGUGCCUGCGUGCAUUGCUGGCCCAUACAGGGCUUGGUGCGACAGGUUCAGGCGUGAAUGAAACAGGAGAAGACCUGGUGCCCUCCGUGGAGGCGACGCACCAGCAGCACGGCAUUCAGCAGCCAUUACGGGGGAACGGUGGCGUUGGUGGUGCUGCUAGUAUUGUUGAGGACGUGGAUGCAUUGUCAUGCAGCAACUGGAAGUGUUUGCUGCCACUUCAGUUGGGCCAACACGAGGCACAGACAGUGCGGGGCUGGCUGCUUCGAGAACUGCUGCAUGCGGCAGUCCUCAACGGUACUUCAGGGAGUGAAAUGAAGGCUGCCGCCACAGCAGAAACCGCAGGUUCAGCAGCAGUGGGUGCGGCAGCCCCCCCAAGUGAGGAGUGGCGAAUCGCUUCAUUCUCUCGACGUUUUGCUUGUACAGCUCCGUGUCUACAACGCGCGUUCGCUCUACUGCUGAACGCAAGGUGCCCCACACUUGGCCAUGACAGUAUAGAACCUUCUCAGCAGCAGCGUGAGAUGCAGGGUCAGCAGCAGCAGCUUCAAAGUAAACCGCUGCUGCUUCACGCAUCGGCACUGCAUGCGUUGUUGCUUAGCAGCUGCUUGCUAAGGGCUGAGGGCCGACAAGGGGCAGCAGAGAGCCUCGAGGCCCAAGUCAGCGAGGCGUUGCUUCCCUCCUACCAGCUAAAGCGAACAGUAUCAGCUUCUGCUGCCGCCGCACCCUCUCCUCUUAGCGGGGGACUCUAUAGGGCAGAAGCACUACGAGCAGCAGCUGUUGCGGAGGGGCUCAUCGACAGCAGACAGCAACGUUGGGUGUCACUCAGUAGCAGCGCAGUUGUCUCCGUUGGCCAUUUACAGGCGCAGCUGGCAGCAGCAGCUGCAGUGCAGUUGGGGCUGCAGCACGCAGCCGAAUUGCUUCUGGUGAGUCUAUGGUUGCAGACGCAUCAACCGGGGGAACGAAGACCUGCUACUGCUACUUGGGACGGCGAAGAUUCUGGCGAUCCAUACAAGGCUACUACUGUUCUAUCCGUUGCAUUGGAAGAGGCUGCGCAAACGCAGCUGCACCAGCAGCAAGAACUGCUGCCGGUUUUCAUUCUCCCCCCAGCUGCUAUAUCUCGGGUAUCCUCUGAAGAUCUUUCAAGCGCGGGCAGUGCAGCUGCCAAGCCCAUACCCGUUCCUCCUGCCCUGCUGGACGCUGCUGCAGUUUUGACGUCCGCUCUGUGGCGGCAGCAACAGAAGCAGCAUCAGCACAUGCAGCAAUGGCAACGACCGAAAUCGAACGAACUCGUUAGGCUUGCAACGUGUGCUGCAAUUGAGGUUUUGUCUUUGAUGUGGCGGACGGAGCUGGAUGUACGGUGCAACGAUGCCUUGGGGCUUAAGGAAGCGCUGCACCAGCAGCAGCUGCUGCAAGACGCAUGCGGAUCCGGGAAAGAUGCAGAAGAAGCAGGAGGGGUAGCGGCAACGGCGGGAAAACGCCAGCAGCGCGCUGCUGCCGUGCUGACACGGCGGGCUUUGGCCCAUCUUGCAGAGACAGCCGGAGGGCUUCGCGGCGCAGCAGCGGCUGCAGCGGCAACAACAUCUGGUACAGCGCAACGAAUGGAACGGCCGAUCCACAUACAGGAGAUACUGAACGGCAGCAGCUGUACGUGCAUCGCCCGAAUUGUCGCUGAGGUGCAGCAGCACGCCACUGUCUCUUCAGCUUCUGCAUGCUUCAUCGUGCUGCAGCGGCUUAAGCGGCACCUGCAAAGCCUAGACAAAGACAGAAGACGAGCAUGCAGGCUUGUGAAGAUGGGUAUUUCUGCGGAAGACACAGAUGCACUUAUGAAGACCCCUGCGGCUGCAGCAACAGCUUGCGUAGGAACAGAGGCAGCAGCGGCUACUACUGCUGCAGAAUGGGCAGCCGUCCUAGGUUUUGCUGCCGCCCUUUGGUCUUUCUGUGGGCCACAGAGGGAAGGGGACUCCGGGACCAAGAUCGAUAAGGAGAAUGAGCAAGCUGUACAGGAAGACCCUGUGACGCCCUCAGCAGCCGCUGCUGCCCGCAGUGCAUUCAGAAACGCAUGGGUUGGCCUUGCGGGAUUCCUCGGCGGUGGAGUUGCUGCUGCAUGUGCAGCAGAAGAUAGUGCAAGAGCAGCGGCGCAGGCAGCGGCUGAAGAGCUGCGCGCCGUCGCGCGCGGUUUGCAGGGGGCAUUAAGUGCAGCUGAAACAGCUCCUGCUGCUCCUCCUGGGAAUGCCGAAGCAGGACCACCUGCAGGCAGCCGCAAUUUGGAUGCUGGCCGCACUGCUGUUGCGUCUUUAGUGCUGCUGCAGCGACUCCUGGAGAAGUGUGCAGACGCAGAAGAGCCUGGUGAGUUGCUGUUUGGUUUCACUGGCAAGCGGCAGCGUUCGCUGCUGCUGAUGUUGCUGGGAAGAUGGGCGGUCUUGAGCGCAGCAGCAGCGGCUGCAGCAGAGCUGCAGCAGAAGCGGGAGGUAUCAGCUUGGCGCCACGUUGUGCAGAUGAAGUCCAAGGCGUACGCAACCGAGAGACAGGCACUGCUGUUGCGUGCCGCCGCUCUGGAUGGCUGCGACGGUGUGCAGCAGGAUCUGAUAUCCGGGAUUGGCGGGCGCACGUCAGCUUCUGUAGCGCUAGCGGCUGAAAGUGAAGCUCAUGCAGCUGCGCUGCAGCAGCUGCUGCAGCAGACAAGCAAAGCUGACUGUCUGCUGCAGCACCUGAAGAACCUUCUCCCGUUGCGAGCAGCAGCCAUCCCGUCAGACUUGGCCCUACGCUUGGUGCCUGCUGGCGUCAUGGAGACAGCAGUGGCCGAUGAGUUUGCAGCAGAAGAGCCACAAGCAGAGGGAGCAGGGACGGAUGAGGGAGAGGCACCAACUGCUGCGCAGCUGCAUGUACUGCAACUUAUGGAGCGAGGCUCGGUGGUCACUUCUUCGCCUGAGGCAGCGCUGGCUGCUUGGCUGGAGAGCCUUAAUGAGUUUUGCUGCAGCACCAUGGAGACACGAAAACUUUUGUCUCUCUUGCCAGAGCUGGCGCCGCUGCUGCUGGGCACAGCAUGCGAUGCACCUGCGGUGAACACUACCUCGCCUGCUGCCUUGAAAACAGCAGCUGAGGCAGCAGCUGCAUGCAGCAGCCGCCUGGUUGCUGCACAUCCUCUCCUUCUCGCGGCUGCCGUACGCACAGCCACAACCGGCCUUUGGGCAGUUGCCAAAGGCCUCCUUGACCUUGCCGAAGCCACAGACACUAUGCAGCGCCACGAGCGGCUGCGGCAGCAGCUGGUGGAGCCGUCUCCCCUGUCUUUGGUGCUUAAAGCGACAGCGUCAUUCCCAGCCUUGCCAUUUGCUGCUCUACAUUGUGAGAGCAUCAAUGAGGGGACACACCUGUUGCAGCCGUUGCAGCGAGUGCAGUGGCUGUUACUAUGGCUCCGCGCAGAGGCGACAACAGCAGCUGCAGCGCACCGGAAGAACCGGGGGCCAGCUGCAAAUACUCUACGUUGUGCAACGCCCUUUGCUGGCGCGCGUUUGGCCCUGGCGGGACUGCUGCACCAGGUAUCGCAGAAGCACCUGGAGUGGAGAAGGCAGCGCGAGAUCGCAGCUGAUGAGACUGCUACCUUGAUGCAGCGCCUCGAAAGCCUUGUUGUGGACCGCUCAGAAGUAGCUGCUGGCAGAAGGAGAGGUGACGCAGAAGCGGCAGAGGAACUCUUCCCGUGCAGCGAGGAAUGGUCGCAGACGCUCCAACAGCAGCAGCGAGAACUGCUGCAACAGGAGGAUGGAGGUUCUCAAGAACGCACUCAGUACACUGCAUGGUUUAAUCAAAACACAUACAGCGAACAACAAGAAGAUAAACAGCAGCAGCAGAAACAACAACAACUCGCUCUAAACCAGCUUGAAGGGCUUACUGAGGAGGAUCUGCUGCACCUGUGGGGCCGCGCCGUAGACGUGGCAUGCGCAUGGAGCGGUACCAGCAGCAGCAGCAGCAACAGCACCGCGCGAGAUAGUGAAGGAGGUGCGGAAACAACUGCAGCAUAUAGAGAAGCACUGGCGGGCUCUUUCUGCAUCCUGCUGAAUGCACACACUGGAGGUUCACUAGCAGUAUCAUCCGACGCAGGAGUUUUAGCUGCAGGCGCAGCGGCGGGAACAAUAGAAGAAGAAGUACGGGCAGCGCCAGAGUUAGACUGCUAUUGCAUGCCGCAUAUGCAGGCUAUGCUGACGCAGACAGCUUCACGUCUUAUAGGUGUUUCCCCGCUGCAACAACAACGACAGGAGGAGCAGCUAAAGCAGCUGCUGAUGCAAGACGACGAUGCAGCAUUGGAGAUGGAACAGCAUCAGCAAUCUGCCGAAUCUGCGGCUGCUGAGGCGGAUGCAGGAGAUAGCUCCACAGAGCAGCAGCUGCAGCAAGAACGGUUGCAGCAGCAACGGGAACGUGCACGGAAGCUGCGCUUCGCUCAGCUCUGCCGCAGCGUCUCCCUGUCUGGAAACUCCAAAGGGGCGGCGACUUCUUUCUAUGCCCCGGGGAAUCCUGUGCUGCUUGAGCCUCUAAGUGGUCCCGUGCAGAGAUUUCAAGAGGCUGCUGCUUCUUUCGCUGCCGUUGUAGAUGACCAUCCUGUUCUUCAGAGCAUGCUGCUGCUGACACAGAGAGUUGCCUCUCUCUGCCUUUUCACGACAUCUCCUGCUGACGCGCUAGCUGCUCUCGAGAGUCUUCUUGACCGCGCAGCAGCCUGGCAGCAUGCUAUGGACAGACACCACCUGGCCCACCUGAUUGCGCUUCACAUCUCCGCUGCUGCUUCUCACACUCGAACUGCAAUGACGCAUCUGCAGGAGACGGAAAAGGGCACUGGCUCCUCCCAUUCAGGGGACGAGGCUAAGGAUGAAAUGCUUCAAGGUAGCAGCACGCGGGCUUCGCUGGAACAGCAAGAUCAAGCAGCAAUGCAGGCAGCAGAAAGGUUGCUUCAGCGAUUCGAUGCUGCAGUGCGGGCAGUUGAACGUCAGGUAGUGCUGCUGCGGCGACGGCAGCUACUGGAGUGGCGGUUUCUGAGAGAAUUCAGGGAACAGCGGAUGCAGCAACAGAGUCUUCACUUUGCACCGUUCUUGUGGGGUUUGUUGCCAGACGAUAGUGACACCGCGGAGCCUCCUGGAGCAGCUGCAGCCGCAGCAGCCGCAGCUGUGGCAGCUGCUGCUGGACCUCCCUCCGCAGGUGACCCAUCAGCAGGGUCUCAAAGCUUGGCGGGGGCUGUGCUACUUCAGCUCGUUGACCGUUCCCCAAGAGCAGUGACUGAUGUGCUUCUCGAGUUCCUGCGAACGUCUCCUUUAGGGCAGUUUGAAGGGAGGCUGCGGUGCCUUGAAGGGGCGAGUUAUUGUAGGCGACUGCUUUUGCAUGGCGCAGCAGCAGUUGAUGUUGCCGCUGCUGCAGCGCCGACCGGGAGUCAUUUGGAGACUGGAAGCGAGGAUGCUGGAGAAACGUCUGACACGCCAAGGGCAGAGGUGGUGUGUGUUGUUAUGGGGGCUGUCGCGCGUUUUGCUGUUGCUGCUGGCUGGCUGCGAGCUGUGCAACAGCAGCUGCAUGCAGCUCGCAAGGAGAUGGACAGGGCCGUCAGUUCGUUGACGUCUUUGGCCCGCUGGGAUCUGUCCAGCCGAACGUCGAUGCGAGAGUCUGUGCACAAGACGCACGUGCAGUUGGCAAAGCACGUGAAGACCUUCGACGGGUUCCUGCUGCAGCUCAUGCAUGCAGCAGUGGGACCCGCGGAGCAACGACUUCAUGAACAGCUCGUAGCCGCAACCCUCUCUCUGCCACUGCUGUCUCCCUUGGCCGCUGCCCGGUUAGCAGCUGACAGUGCUGCAGACAGUGCUCGCUAUAGCAACACGCGUGCUUCAACAUCACCGGCAGCACCGGCAGUACAAUCUUCAGCAGAAUCAGCAAGCUCCCCAACGGCGGAUUCUGCAGACGCAGCAGCAACAGCAGCGGUGAAGGCUGUGGGGAGGUUCUUGAGUUUGUCUCUGGGCCUUCCGGAAACGGUAGAUGUCGACUGCACUUGUUUACAAGAUCUGCAUCCAUAUAGCGGCAACUCGGCGAGUGCUGCGGAUGUGGCCCGAGAGGUGCAGGCUGUGUGCCAGGAUUUCAUUGCUGCUGUCAAAGAGGCAGCGGCGGCAUCUGCGGCAACCGCCGAAGAGCAGCAGCAGGGGGAGAAACAGCAGGACGGAACAAAUGCAGCAACCAGCACAAAGCCGAAGAGGCAGGUGACGCGGCAGCAGAUGCAAAGGAAGUUUGCCGAGCUCCGCUCGAUGCUACGUAACGACUUGCAGCUGCCCUGCCUGUCGGUUUGCGGCGGGGACCCUAGGCUAUUUGCUGCGACUCUAAAUGACGCUAGCGGCCUGCCAGGGCCGCCAGAAGCGCCUCACCCACUGCAAGAGGCAGCAGCGCUGCAUCAACACGACACUGCAGCCAGAGCAGCAGCCUUUUUGUCUCGCAAGAACCUGGACAAACGGGACCUGCCUAGUUGGCUAGUUUCAGAAGCAUUAGUGGAGAACCCGACACCCAUUGGGGACCUUCUGGGUGACACGUGGGCCUCCGCUGCGCAGCAGUGGUACUUGCUGCUGCAGACAUUGCUGCAGUGUCAGCAGCUUUCCACACCCCACAAGGAUGUGUUGGCACAGCGGGAUCAGCUGUUAGGAUUCGCUGCAGCGCUGGUGCUUCACGUGCUGCAGCAGCGGCAGCGUUGUUGGCAAGGGGCCGCGCACUACCAGGUGUUGGUAGAUGCAGCAGCGGUCUCUCUGGUGUCUCCAUCAGUGUCGGUGCCGUCAACAUUGCAGCAGGGACUCCAGCGAGCAGCAGACACACUGCAACAAGCGCUGCAGCAGGCUGGGGCUCUUCUGCCGACGCUGCAGGAGGCAACCGUGCAAAACGACGCACUCAAUCUAGCGUUUGCGGUCUCCGCGCGACAGACAAACAGUCCUUCUGCAGUCCCACCGGCAUGGCACGAGUGGCCAAAAGCCACCAGCGUCACAACAGCAGCUGCUACGGCGGCUACGGGAGCGGGUAUAGACGAGAACCGCUGGCUGCGACAUGACAUACGGCAGCUGCGACGUGCAUGGGAUACGCUUCGCAUGGCUCUGCAGCAGAUUGAUUCGGUGCAGCAGUUGCUUGUGAGCAGCCCCGAGGCUCGACGAUUAUCGGCGUACAGUGCAAGUGCGGCAGAAGCCCCAGCAGCAAGGAAGGGGCACACCUGCGUGCGCGUCCGGCUGCAAUGGCUAAGAGCGAUCGAGGCUGCAUGCAAAGAUGCGCUAGAUAUUCUGAAGACGCAAGGUGAACAUGAGAUGGGAAGCAAAGACCUCUUUGGCCUGCUGCCAUCUCAUGCGGAAGCAGGCAUUCGAAAGGCCUGCGCGGCCCUGCAUGCCCAACUUGCUGCUCUUGUUUCAGCUGCUACGGCUGCUCAGGGGGAAACGGAAAGCCGCUCUACCACAGGGAGCGCAGCCUUGGCGAAGGCAACGGAGUCACUAAAGUUGUCCCUAGCGGCAUGCCGGGGCGCCAGCCCACAACGAUCAGCUGACCUUCUUCUUCAACUCACUAGUGGGCUGAAGGAGGACACCGUGAACGAACAGCAGCCAGAGCAACAGCAGCCAGUGUUCUCGAGCCUGCCUGUGCCAUCUCUUGAAUGCCUCUUCCCCUUCAAGGACUGCAUUGGUGCAUUUGAGGAAUUUACGAGAGCAGCGCCAGCUUUCUUGUCUCGACCUUUGCUCCAAGCGGACGCUUCAGGAGCUGACUCACUUACAGCAGCGACUGAUACAAGCAGGCAAACAAGGCGGGUCCUUCUGCAGGCGCUUCAGCGGGCAGCAGCAGUGGUUCUUGCUUCGUUUGACGCGCUUGAAGCAACAGCCCGUUUGAGUCUGGGUUUGCUGCAGCUGACGUUGGUGCUGCUGCAGCUGGGGUGGGGGCGAAAAAGCAGCGCCGAAGAGGCCGCAGAAGAAGCAGCGACAGCAAGACCGGAGAAGCAAAGGGAUGAGUGGGUGUCAGGCACAGGGUUGGGGGAAGGCGAAGGUGCAAGAGAUACUUCGGAACAAGUGGAGGAUGAAUGGCAGUUCGAUGGCCUCAAAGAUGAGCAGGCUGAUCCCCAGCAGAAACCUCCAGACAAACCCAAGACUCAAGAGGAGGACAAGGCCCUGGAGGUGUCGAUGGAUUUUGAGGGGGACGCCGAGGCUCCGCCGCCUUCGCAGAAUGGCGGCGACAGGCAGCAGCAGGAGGAGCAGCAGCUGGAGAACAGUGCUGGGCAGGUCGACUUGCAAGAAGGGGGACAAAUGGAGAACAAGAGAUGGACGGGAGAAGAAGGGUCCGACGACGAGCGUGAGAAUACCGAGGGAGGGGAAAACAAACAAAAGGAGACAAUCGAGACGGAGGGAGGCGUCCCUCAGGGAGAUGUUGAGAUGGAGGGGACAAAAGACGGCAAUGACACAUCACAGACCAGCAAGGACACUAAUGGCGAGCAGCAGCAGCAGCAGCAGUUGGACAGGCCGCAGGACGAGGGCGAUGACCAGGGAAGGCUGGAGGCACCUUCAUCCGAAGGUGACGGGCUAGAGCAGCAGCAGGCUCCGCAGUAUCAGCAGAAGUUGCGGGGGGGAGACACUGGGAUGCAAGAGGAAACGGGAGACGCUAUGGAGGAGGUAGAGAGCGAAACGGAGGAGACUUGCAACGCGUCGUCAGGAGAAGCGGGUGACGGGGAGCAAGAGCAGCAGCAGCCGGCUACAGGAGAAGGUCCCACUGAUAGAUGGGGAGAUGAUCUGCAGCUGGAAGAUGUGGCUCUAGAUGGAGACGAAAAGGAGGAGGAUGGCAUUGAGGAGCCAGAAGCUCAAGAAGAGGCAGGCACCGCAGAGGAGCAACAGGAAAAUACUACUGCUGCUGGUGCAGCAGACGGCAGCAACAACGCAGGUCAAGAUUCUGGGGAGGGAGAGAACAUGGAUGUGGAUGUAACAGACCCCCAGCAGCAGUGUGUACGGGAUGAAGAGCAGCAAAUGCACCAGGAUGAAGCCUCCGAUGAAGCAGGGGACGCACCAGACAACAGUUCCGCUGCUGCUGACACACAGGAGGAGGAGGAGUCGGCUCUACCACCAGAGGAGGGGGGAGAGAUGGAAACGCAGGAGGCAAGGGAAGAAAAGAAAACGGAAGCAGAAGACAGUGACAGGGAUGCCAACCAGGACCCUUCGGUGCAAGCCGGUGCUAUUGCUGCUGUUGUCGGAGAUGCUGUUGUUGGUGCUGUUCCGUGUGUUUCACUAUCAAAGCUGCUAGUUGAGGUGCCACUGAACCUAGAUGAAGAGGAUCUUGGGGUUGGGGGGCAGCUGCCGAAGAUGAUACGAAAAGGCCUCUGCAGGGACUCCUUGGGGCUUUUGGCCCUUGAGGGUAUAGAGGCUCCUUUAGAUGAGGGGGAUGAUCAUACGUUCGCCGCUGAGCAGCGCCAAAAGCCGCCUAAGCAAAAUGCCCACAGGGCAUUUGGCAUAGAAGGAGAGGGCAGCCUCGUGCAGCGGGAGACAGUGGAAGCAGACGGAGAAGAUGGUGGAGAUAUCAACGACGAGGGGGCAGACGGUUGCAUGGAGGAGGGAGGAGAUGGCGCUGCUGAUGCUGCCACUGCAGCAACAAAUGACGAUGGGUCAUUGAGUCGGAGUAGCGGCACCGCGGGACCCCAACAAGGACACAGCAGAAGCUCCCCGUCCCCGUUUUCGCUACCAAACAACCCGCUUGAAGACGACGGAGCCGUGGAGCGCUGGCUGCAACAAGUGCAGCUGCUGCGGCCACAACGAGAGGAGAUUGAUGGAAAUGAAGAUGGAGCUGCUGCCGCCUCCCCGGAGUCUUCGAAAGGGGAGGACGGCCAUGCUGGACGUGAGGACGCAUCCCAACUACAGCGGGGCCAGCUCUGUCAACAAGAUGAAGCUUCAGGAACUCACGAAGCCUUCGCAGAGGCAGAAGAAUCUUCGGCCUUGCAGAGCGCCAACAGUGCGAAGCUGGCGGAAGCAGACAUUCAGGAUGAGGCGGAAGAUGGCGAAGAGCGGCGAAUAGACGGGAAUCAAAAGGAGGACACAUGCAUCUCGUCUAUUGUCAACCCAGAGCAGCAGACGACGCCCGAGAAGAAGGGAGAGGCUUGCGAGCUCUCUGCUAAUCUAGCCGGAGGCAACGAGGAAUGCAUGGAGAUAGACAAGCAAGGGGAAGAGGAUACUGUGGACCAGGACGAAGCCUCUGCUCGCCUGCUGCAGCAGCUUGAACCCCAGCACGACCCGCAUUCAGCAGAGCAAAACCCACAGCAGCAACUGCAACUGCAGCACCUGGGAGGAGCAACACAGGAUAGGAACAGUCGGGAUCCACGAAAUCCAGAAGAGGAAGAGAAGACCAAACUAAUGGAGGCGGAUUUGCACCAGAGGCUGUCUCUGGACGACGUGGGAAAGGAUGGACUGUCUGCGGAACACGCAGCAGAAUGCAAAGGUCGUGUACAGUUGCACCUACAUGCCACGCGAGAUGAUCGCCUCUGGCUCCGUAGGCGGCGCCCUCAAGGAUUUCAGUACCGCGUACUUGUGGGCAUUGAUUGCAGUAGCUCCAUGCAGCAGCUAAAUGCCGCCUCAAGUGCUCUGGAAGCAGUUGUCCUUUUGUCCCAGGCGUUCAACCACCUCCAGAUCGGCACUGUUAGCGUGUGUACGUUUGGAGGUCCCAAGCCGGAAGUGUGCAUACACCCCACGUCGCAGGUCUCUGCGGCGGAUGGGCAGCGACUACUACAGCGCUGCAGCUUUAAAGAGGAGUCGCACAAGAGCCACGAAGUUGCCGUAACGGAUAUGCUGCAACUGGCGAUACAUGAGCUUGACCAGGACACCAGCAGCAACAGCAGCAACACAACAAGCAUGGCUCUCAUCCUGUCUGACGGCAGAUUCAAUAAGGAGCAAGCACGGCCCUGGGUAAACGCAGCGAUUGCACGGGGCUGCAUCCCUUUGCUGCUCAUUCUUGAUCCCGACCCCCAAAAGCAGCAGCUGCAGCCCUGUGGGACCGGUGCAACUUCAGGCGUGCCUGCGCACAGCAGCAGCAUAUUUGACUUGAAGCAAGUGCAGCAGUUGCCUGGUGGCGGCAUGGAGGUCACACCUUAUUUGCAAGACUUUCCCUUCCCCUACUAUGCAGUGGUCAGAGACACUCGGCAGCUGCCAGCGGUGUUAGGUGACAUCAUUCGGCAGUGGGUCGAGGCAGCCAACAGCAGGUCUUGA